AUGGCAUCUCAACCAGCCAAGCUGCAGAAGCCAUCAGGCGCAGUGCAGUGUGUUGGCCCUUUGUAUCGUUCCGAAAGUCAGAAACCAUCCGCGACUGUCUCGACGGAGAUGAACCUCGAUAACGUUCACAUCCUACCUCAGACCCCUCAGCUCAUCGCUCUUCUCACGUAUGUAUUCGGUAUCCCGCAGGCUAUUGCUGCGCAUUGCUUAUAUGCUACAUCAGGCGGCUCUGCCAUCAUGGCUGUGGAGGUGCUCAAGUCCCGUGGCGUACUGGAGGAACGGAUUCUGUUCCUUAACCUAAUAGCCAGCCCGGAAGGCGUUAGGGCAUUCACCUCCAAGUUUCCUAAGCUUCGUGUUGUAACAGCCUUCGUCGAUGAGGGACUUGAUGAGAAGAACUACAUCGUGCCAGGACUGGGCGACUUUGGCGACAGGUUCUAUACCAUGUAG